UUUGACAACUCCUCAGCCAGAGAAGCCUUUAUCGUUGACUAACCGAAAGAAACUUCAUAGACGCUCGACAAGUUUUCUUUCGAGAGUAUUGGUCAAAAACAUUACUCCUGAGGUUGUUAUGUAACGUUAAACUUUUAUCCUCUGACGUGACCGGGUGACACAGCUGGUUUGGGCCUGUCCAGUUAACGUUGGGCUAGUAACGUAACGUUACCCCAAACUGUACAAUGCAUAUGCUAGCGUCAAACGGAUCCAUAAUGGACUUGGACUCGGUGUUGGUGAAAAUUAAAGCACACUACAGUGGGGACAUGUUGAUCGCAGACUUGGCAGCCACGGUAACCUUUGUGGAGUUGUGCGAGGAGGUGAGGAUGCUGUGCAGCGUUGCCAAGCAGCAGCCCAUCACACUCAAGUGGAUCGAUGAUGAAGGGGACCCUUGUACCAUCUCGUCCCAGAUGGAGCUGGAGGAAGCAUUUCGUAUUUACAAUCACACCAAGAGGUCUGGACUACUGCUGCAUGUCUUCCCCAGUAUCCCGGAGCGGCCUGGCAUGUCCUGCCCUGGAGAGGACAAAUCGAUCUACCGCCGCGGGGCCAGAAGAUGGAGGAAACUCUACCGAGUCAACGGACACCUUUUCCAGGCCAAGCGCUUUAACAGGAAAGCCUACUGUGGCCACUGUAGUGAAAGGAUAUGGGGGCUGGGCAGGCAGGGCUACAAGUGUAUCAACUGCAAACUGCUGGUCCAUAAGCGCUGUCACAGACUCAUCCCUCAGACCUGCCAAAGGCUUAUGGAUCCAGUCAUGCCAUCACAGGAGCCCCCUUCAGAUGCCAAGAGUGAAGAAGUGGACCUUCCACCAGAUGACACAGAGGACACAGAUGGAAUACCUUUUUUACCACACAACUGUAAAGUGGAUAAAACAGAAGAUGCAGAUACAGAGGACAUCAAAGCAGUAGUGGAUGGCAUUGACGGCAUUAAGCUGUCCCAGGGCCUAGCUCUCGGGCUCAGUGACUUUGACCUGAUCCGAGUGAUUGGGCGCGGCAGCUACGCAAAGGUCUUGCUGGUUCGACUAAAGAAGAACAAGCAGGUGUACGCCAUGAAGGUGGUGAAGAAGGAGCUGGUCCAUGACGAUGAGGAUAUCGACUGGGUGCAGACAGAGAAGCAUGUGUUUGAGCAGGCGUCCACCAAUCCAUUCCUAGUAGGCCUCCACUCCUGUUUCCAGACAGAAAGUCGGUUAUUCCUGGUGAUUGAAUAUGUGAAUGGCGGGGACUUGAUGUUUCAUAUGCAACGGCAAAGGAAACUUCCUGAAGAACAUGCAAGAUUUUAUGCAGCUGAAAUUUGUAUCGCUCUGAACUUCCUGCAUGAAAAGGGUAUCAUCUACCGAGACCUGAAGCUAGACAAUGUUCUCUUGGAUCACGAGGGACACAUCAAGCUCACAGACUACGGCAUGUGCAAGGAGGGGAUCAGGCCAGGUGACACCACUAGUACCUUCUGUGGAACACCCAACUACAUUGCACCUGAGAUCCUCAGAGGAGAGGACUACGGCUUCAGUGUCGACUGGUGGGCUCUGGGCGUGCUGAUGUUCGAGAUGAUGGCCGGGAGGUCACCAUUUGACAUUAUCACAGACAAUCCUGACAUGAACACAGAGGAGUAUCUCUUUCAAGUUAUUCUUGAGAAGCCCAUUCGCAUCCCAAGGUCUCUGUCGGUGAAAGCUGCCAGCGUGCUCAAGGGCUUUCUAAACAAGGAUCCCAAGGAGCGGCUGGGUUGCCAGGUCCAGACAGGCUUCACAGAUAUCAAGUCACACACGUUUUUCCGCAGUAUAGACUGGGACCAGCUGGAUAAGAAAGAGAUGACGCCGCCCUUCAAACCUCAAAUCACGGAUGACUACGGCCUCGAAAACUUUGACACGCAGUUUACUAAUGAACCAGUGCAGCUAACACCAGAUGAUGAGGACGUCAUCAAGAGAAUAGACCAGUCAGAGUUUGAGGGAUUUGAAUACAUCAACCCCCUGCUGCUAUCCACAGAAGAGUCUGUAUGAAGGAGAGACCAGCUUCCUCCUUCGCCCACCUACUGUCUGUCCAAGCUGCCGUCUCAGCCAAAAGCCAGUUGCAAGCCAACUCUGAAAGGCGAGGAGGAGUAGGAGGAGAAGGAGGAGAAAGAGUAAAGGACAACAGGUAGGACGAACUCACCCUCUGGACCUUAUCAACGAGGCAAAGCAAACUGGAGAACGGGAAAGUUUCCUUCCUGGACCGUUCAGAUUGUUUUGUUGGAAUACCAAACUCUUCUUUUCUUGGUAUCUACGAGGAAAACCAAGACACUGGACUUCAAGAACAUUCCCUGACGUUAUGUUGUCUUCCCCUUUUUCUUUUCUAUUCUUUUUCUCCCUCGGCUUCAUUCCUUUCUCCUCUCUGAAUGUCCAUCGUCAUGUCAAAGCACGGCCGGCUUUGUCAUUUGUACAGAGAGCGGUUUCAUUCUGUGCCUGCCAUCAUGAACACAUUUCAACCCAUCUCACAUCCCUGGAUAAAUAUGACAGUUCUGCAGAAGAACUUGAAAUUUUACAUGCACUUAUUUCUUUUCUAUCUUGUAGGGGGGGGGGGGCAAGGCCUCACACAAAACAAGAAUGUACAAUGACAAAGGAAAAUAAUAAGUUAUUAUUGUGUAUUAUAAUGUAGGUAGUGAAUCCAGAAUUGAUGCCUUUUUAUUGAUGCAAGUGGCACAUUUUCAUCAUAACCACAAACAUUUCUUUUUUGCUAUCUUUUAGGAUUUUCACAAAUGGGGUGUGGGGUGGGGGGGGGGGUGUACUGGGAGACAACUUUUUAUUUAAGAAGUGCCUCAAAGAUCGUAUUAAUUACCGUGGCUCUGAUUGCACUGAUCUCUUAUUGAACAUUUCUUCACCCAUCCCGGCUUCAGUAGGUAAAGGGAAGCUGAAGCCAUGGCUACACGACAAGCGUAAAGUGAGCGUUGGUCCAGACACUUUUUAGUAGAAUCAAUAUUUUUGGAGAAAAGUCUCCUGCACACAAGACUGAAUCUUUUUAUUUCGAAUGAAUCAAUACAAAAAUAAUCAGUGUAGAAUCGAUUGUUUAUCUGCUCUAUAGAUUCAGAAGAGUAGCAUCCAAGCUAACAUCAGAUAGACUACAACUGGUGGCAGUAAGAGACAGAAUGUUGAGAUGAUCAUUUUGAAACAGAUGGGUGCGCUGCAGCAGGGAGCCUCCAUACAGUCCAGUAUAAAGGUGCAUACAGGCUGCCUCACAGUCUCGCAGCUUUCCUGGCCAAGACGCAGGCGACGUGAGGCAACAGUCAGCCGUCGUCGCCGCUAGUUCUAUGAUGUCGAUUCGGAGUCUGGGCCUUUUAGAAACACGUUAUAUCACUACUUCAGCUGAAAAACGAAGCAGCCCACUGGCUUCGGACUCCACAGUGUGUACAUGCUUGCUGGCCGAGCUCAGAUUCUUCUACACCAGCUGCUACUGCGUGACCAUCUGCGGCCGGUCGAAAAUAUCAUGUAACCGGUGGGUUGUGCUGUCCUGUGGAAAUGUGUCUCCAUUUCCAUUUUGGGCUCAUUCUGUGUUUCUGUCUCUGUUUAAGGCUGGCUUUAUACGGUGCAAUUACAGCUCAGUGCAACCUAAACUGUUACGUUAUUCCUUUGGUUAUAUCAGUCCAAUGAAAUGACUCAAAUAAUCUCUUUUUGAAAUGAUAAAUGAUAUUCAAAUGUAUUGUUUAUACUUUUUUAUUUCUAAAAGGAAAAGAAACGAGAGACGAUGUAAAGUCAUUGGCACUGGUGACUGCAGUGCGCAGGCAAAGGACAGGCAGCAUGUUGUUGAAUAACAAAAGCAUCAAGAAACCAAAAGAUAUCAAUUGUAAAACGUGUUAUUUAGUCUUAAACGCACAGCACAUGUAAAUUACAGAGCAGAUGUGCAGUUACAUUUCAGUUUACAGACUGGAAACGUUUCCUUUCAUUACAUUGUUUCAUCACACGGAGAGCAAUUCACUGCUUCUCUUGUUUUAAUGUCUACUUCAAACAUUUAUUAGUUGGUAUUUUUACACUUAUGAAGAAAAUACUAAAAUUGAAGUAGGUCAAAAGACAAUAACUGUAACUUGUGAUGGGCAUUUGUCAUUAUUUUAAGACAUUUAAAUUCUUAUAUUCUUGUUUUUAUUUUAUUUGGUCACAUAUGUCUUAAUAUAAAUUAUAAAAUGUUCCCAACUUCAGACAAUAUUUAAUUCAGACAGGUUUUGUUAUUUAACACUGAUGCACUGAGCACUUUGUUAAAUGAAGAAAAAGAGUUAAAACAUCGUUUCUACUCUGCAAACGUAUCGACAACAAGUAGUUUUGGUAUUUAUACUGAAUCUUGAGUCACAUGUUUUCAAUGAAUAGCAGUCCUGAUGAUGAAGGGCUCUGGGUUAGCAACACAACAGUUGCCCCGUGUAAAGCCAGCCUCUCCAACCUGUUCGCUCAUUCCAUCAGUUAUUAUCCAUCAAAUCUAAAUGUACGUUUCCGCAGCUGCUGGUGCAGAGUAUGCACAAACCGUGAGUUUAUUUGUAUUCAGUGGAGUUUUAGGCAAGUUUAACGUCAUAUAUUGUCACCUUUAUGCACAGCAGGCAACGUAUUUUUGACUUAAUUUCACAGCCGUGUGCUGAUAAAAGCCUGAGCUAGAAUCCAAAUCUUUGAAUAUCGACUACAAGCACGGAUUAAAGCCGCCGACAGAAAGAACUUGUCGCCUCUGAAGUGAGCGUCGUGUUGAUCUCGACGUCUGUGCGCUUCCGAGGAGUAAGUUGAUGAAAUCUGACCCGUGCUAAUUUGAUAAGCACAUAAUAGGAUUAAUUAGCUGAUCCUGAGUCAAAUGGUCUCAAUUAGCUGUAGGGCCUUUACGGGCAGGGAAGGAACUGAUAGAGAGAGGAGAGAUAAUGAAACAGCUUCAGUCACUGAUUAGAGAACACGAGAACACGAGAACACACACACACACACACAGGAGCUAGAAAUCACUUAAACAUUCGAGGAAGCUUCCUCCUCCAACCCCCCAAUCUCCAUCUCAUUUGCUGCGUUGUAUUAAUGCCAUGUUUUGUUGAUCUAUUUGCACAAACAUUAGUGGCAUUAGUUUUGUUUUUCUUGAGGGACCAAUGGAUGAACUGGGAGUCCUUGAAACCAUUUUACAGAACAGUGAAGGCCACAAACUAACUAAAGAGAGAGAGACUCUUUAUCUCAAAAUGAAUGAACCCGGUCCAUGAUCUUAGUUGGAAAAUAAUGCUGGUUGGCUAUGCUUAAUUUUGCUUCACCGCAUCUUUGUAAAUAUGUGUAAUUAUUAAAAAUGAUACUGGUUUUCCGUGAA